AACUAGCUCUUUGCGCCCCGGGACCCAGUCAGCCAGCUCGUGCGGAGCAGAACCGUGAUGGGUGCAGAGUGGCGUUCGGAGCGCUCCCGCCAGCCGCCAGUCUGCGUCUAAUAGCGGAGUUUUACUUGAUGGCUGUUCACCAGGAGUGUAUGGCCCAGCUCAUUCAUGUGGAAAGUGAUAUCCGUGCCAUUGCUUCCUUGUCACUGGUUCCUGUAGUAGUUUGUACUCAGUGCAAGGAGGAGGGUUUUACCCUUAGAAGCAGUUUUCCUUCAACCCUUAGGAGAACACAUGGUGAUGUUGGCAUCUCUGAGCUAAAACCAUGAGUGAGUUUCGGAUUCAUCACGAUGUCUACGAGCUGCUCAGCUUGCUGCGUGUCCAUGGUGGGGAUGGGGCUGAGGUCUACAUUGACCUGUUGCAGAAGAACAGGACCCCGUAUGUCACAACCACGGUCUCAGCCCACAGUGCCAAGGUUAAAAUUGCAGAGUUUUCUCGUACCCCAGAAGACUUUCUAAAGAAAUACGAUGAACUCAAAUCUAAAAAUACAAGGAACCUUGACCCACUGGUGUACCUAUUGUCAAAACUUACGGAGGACAAAGAGACUCUGCAGUACUUACAGCAGAAUGCAAAGGAGAGAGCUGAGCUCGCAGCUGCUGCGUUGGGCAGCACUGCUGGCUUCAGCAUCCCUGCAGCAGCUUCCAAGAUCUCCAUGCAGGAGCUCGAAGAGCUGAGGAAACAGCUUGGCAGUGUGGCCACAGGAUCCACGUUGCAGCAGUCUCUGGAACUUACAAGAAAGAUGCUGCGAGACAAACAGAAUAAGAAAAACUCCGGCCAGCACCUCCCUGUUUUCCCAGCAUGGGUGUAUGAGAGACCCACGCUGCUCGGGGACUUCCUGACUGGCUCAGGUGUAAGCACAGACGUGGCUUUGCCUAUAGGCACACUGCCACUGGCCUCACAGGAGGCAGCCAUGGUGGAGGACCUGCUCUACGUGCUGGUGGGCGUGGACGGCAGGUACAUCACUGCACAACCCUUGGCCGGGAGGCAGAGCCGAACCUUCCUUGUGGACCCCAACCUGGACUUGUCCAUCAGGGAGCUGGUGAGCAGGAUCCUCCCGGUAGCAGCCAGCUACUCCACUGUGACCAGGUUCAUUGAAGAGAAGUCAUCCUUUGAGUACGGGCAAGUGAACCAUGCCUUAGCGGCUGCCAUGCGCACCUUAGUGAAGGAGUACCUAAUUCUGGUCACCCAACUGGAGCAGCUGCACAGGCAGGGCCUCCUGUCACUGCAGAAGCUCUGGUUUUACAUCCAGCCAGCCAUGCGCACUGUGGACAUCCUGGCCUCCCUCGCUGCUGCGGUGGAUAAAAGUGAGUGCCUAGGGGGCUCGACGCUGAGCCUGCUGCACGAUAGGAGCAUGAGCUGUACGGGAGACAGCCAAGCACAGGAGCUGUGCCUGCACCUCACCAAGGCAGCCAGCGCACCCUAUUUUGAGGUCCUGGAGAAGUGGAUCUACAGGGGUGUCAUCCAUGACCCAUACAGCGAGUUUAUGGUUGAGGAACAUGAACUGAGGAAGGAGAAGAUCCAGGAGGAUUACAACGACAAGUACUGGGACCAACGGUACACCGUGGUGCAGCCGCAGAUCCCGUCCUUCCUGCAGAAGGUGGCUGGCAAGAUCCUCAGCACAGGGAAAUAUCUCAACGUGGUCAGAGAAUGUGGUCACCAUGUCACCUGCCCAGUGGCUAAAGAGAUCAUCUACACGCUGAAGGAGCGAGCAUACGUGGAGCAGAUCGAGAAGGCCUUUGACCACGCCAGCAAGGUGCUGCUGGACUUCCUGAUGGAGGAAGAGGAGCUGCUGGCCCACUUGAGGUCCAUCAAGCGCUACUUCCUAAUGGACCAGGGCGACUUCUUCGUGCACUUCAUGGACCUGACGGAGGAGGAGCUCCGGAAGCCAGUGGAAGACAUUGCACCCCCCCGCCUGGAGGCUCUGCUGGAGCUGGCACUGCGCAUGAGCACUGCGAACACAGACCCCUUCAAGGACGACCUCAAGAUUGACCUGAUGCCUCAUGACCUCAUCACUCAGCUUCUGCGAGUUCUGGCUAUCGAGACCAAGCAGGAGAAGGCAAUGACCCACGCCGACCCCACUGAGCUCUCUCUGAGCGGCCUGGAGGCCUUCUCCUUUGACUACGUCGUCAAGUGGCCCCUCUCUCUCAUCAUCAGCAGGAAGGCCCUCACCCGCUACCAGAUGCUGUUCAGGCACAUGUUCUACUGCAAGCACGUGGAGCGACAGCUCUGUAAUGUCUGGAUCAGCAACAAAGCUGCCAAGCAGCAUUCGCUGCACUCUGCAAAAUGGUUUGCUGGGGCCUUCACACUGCGGCAGAGAAUGCUCAACUUCGUCCAGAAUAUUCAGUACUACAUGAUGUUUGAGGUGAUGGAACCGACCUGGCACAUCCUCGAGAAAAACUUGAAAUCUGCUUCCAACAUUGACGACGUCCUUGGCCACCACACAAGCUUCCUGGACAACUGCCUGAAGGAUUGCAUGCUGACCAACCCCGAGCUGCUGAAGGUUUUCUCCAAGCUUAUGUCUGUGUGCGUCAUGUUCACCAAUUGCAUGCAGAAAUUUACACAGAGUAUGAAAUUAGACAGCGAGCUGGGCCGGCCAGCGGUGGAGCAGGGCACAAUGCUGGGGCCGCCUACGGAGGCAGAGCAGCCUGAGGAACGGGCCCGGAAGGAGCUUACCAGGAAGCACCUAGCUGAGCACAUGGAUGCACCCCAGCUGGCGUCCAGCUUUGAGGCCACCAUCAACAAGUUUGACAAGAACUUCUCCGCACACCUGCUGGACCUCCUGGCCCGGUUGAGCAUCUACAGUGCCAGUGACUGUGAGCACAGCAUGGCCAGUGUUAUCUCUAGGCUUGACUUCAAUGGCUUCUACACAGAGCGCCUGCAGCGCCUGUCUACAGAGAGGAGCCAGAGGGCUGCCCCCCAGGUGCCUGUCCCACGAGGGCCUCCAGCUGCAGUGCCCAGAGUUGCAGUCACUGCACAGUGAGCCCUCGGCCACAGCUCAAAGGGAGGGUGUCGGGGGCUGAGCAGGUCCUAUGGCGUGAAUGAGGUCAGGAUUUUCUAGUCAGGUAUUCCCUAACAGGUGUGUUCUGUGUGUUUUUUCUGUUCAAUCAAAGUCUAAAUUACCAGACUUGGCUCGUUUCAUUGUAUAGGAGCUGCCCAGACAAGGUAGAUGGCUCCCUAGACUUGCUGAUGUGUUUGCUUUUUCAAACUGAAAUAACACUGUUUUGGGUGUUCUUGCCUUAAAUAAAAACAAAGCAUGUGGUAUUUGAA